UCUCUCUCUCUGUGUGAGUGUGUGUGUGUGUCUCUCUUUCUCUUCCCCCCUCCCCUCCCUUUUCCAAGCUCUCUUAACAUUUAAGCGAAAAUGCUUCUUUCUGUGCCUCCUCGUGCAGGAAUUGCCACUUUUGGCUACAACAAGAGCAACAAGAAGCCUUAUGUCUCAGUGGCCCAGCAGAUGGCACCCCCAAGCCCCAGUGGCAGCUGCAACAACAAUAGUAGCAGCAGCAGCAGCAGUGGGCCAGGCGGUGGCGGAGGUGGCGGGGACCAGCUGAGCAAAACAAACUUGUACAUCCGGGGCCUGCAUCCUGGUACCACCGAUCAGGACCUUGUCAAGCUCUGCCAACCAUACGGCAAAAUUGUCUCCACAAAGGCCAUCCUGGAUAAAACCACCAAUAAAUGCAAAGGUUAUGGCUUUGUGGAUUUUGACAGCCCCACAGCAGCUCAGAAAGCCGUGACUGCACUCAAGGCCAGCGGGGUCCAAGCUCAGAUGGCCAAGCAACAGGAGCAGGAUCCUACCAACCUCUACCUGUCAAACUUGCCUUUGGGCAUGGAUGAGGCUGAAUUGGAGUCGAUGCUGAAACCGUUCGGACAAGUCAUCUCGACACGUAUCCUACGUGAUGCCAGCGGCACCAGCCGAGGAGUUGGCUUUGCCAGGAUGGAGUCUACAGAAAAGUGUGAAGCAAUCAUCACCCACUUCAAUGGCAAAUAUAUCAAGACUCCUCCAGGGGUCCCAGCUCCUCCAGAUCCAUUGCUUUGCAAGUUUGCUGAUGGUGGUCAGAAGAAGCGCCAGAAUCAGGGCAAAUAUGUGCAGAAUGGGCGAGCCUGGCCAAGGGAAAGUGAUACGGGUGGGAUGACCUUGACUUAUGACCCUACAACAGCGUUACAAAACGGGUUCUAUACAACGCCCUACAGCCUGGCUCCGAACAGGAUGAUUGCCCAGACUGCGCUCUCCCCUUAUCUCCCAUCACCUGUUUCCUCUUACCAGGUCCACAGUCCAUCUUGGAUGCACCAUCAGUCAUACCUCAUGCAGCCCACGCAGGGGACGGUGCUCACACCUGCCAUGGACCACGCCAUUUCCAUCCAGCCCACUUCCAUGAUGGGGCCUCUCACCCAACAGCUGGGCCAUCUGUCCCUCAGCAGUGCUGGCACAUAUAUGCCAGCGGCAGCAGCUAUGCAAGGAGCCUAUAUCCCCCAGUAUACACCGGUGCCUUCCUCUAGUGUCGCAGUUGAGGAGAACAGUGGCCAGCAGAGCCACGUGACAGUGGAGUCUCCAUCGGAUCAUGCUGCCUAUUCGUAUCAGUACAACAAGUAACAACAGUGCCACCGAGCAGCUCAACUCUGAGCAAUCACUUCGAGGGAGACAACGUGGUUUUUCUUUAUUUUCUUUUUGUUAAAAUUUUGUGCUGCGUUUAGAAGAUGUCGGAACCAUUUUUUCUUUUUUCUUUUUUUUUCUUCUUUUUCUUUUUGGCAAAGAAAAAGGUUGUUUUGUUUUUUUAAACAAGGAAAUAACCGCAAUAGACUUUUGUCACCGAGGAACCAAAGGAGGUUAGAAUGGGGGUAGAAAAGGAAAAAAAAAUACCCCCGACCCUUAGAUGUACAGAUGGACUAAGGACUAUUUUAAUACGAGAACAUUUGUGCGUGUAUGUUUGAGCGUGUGUGUUUGCGUGUGUGCGUGCGUGUUUAUUUUCUUGAUAACAGCAAAGUCAAACGCUUUGGAUGCCCCAGAAUUUCUCCAGAGAAGAAAAUGAAUUUUUCCCCCCCUUCUUUUGGAAAGCUGGUUCGGUACCUCUGUGGGAGGAAGGUUUUAUUUUUUUUUCUCCUUUGAAUUCAUUUUGUUUUCUUUGGUCAUGUAAAAGAUUUUUUAAAGGACAAAUAUGCAAAAGUGUUUGAAUAUUUUUUGUUGUUGUUGUUUUAUAAGGAAAAAAAAUGCUCUGAAAAGCCCCACCUCGCAGCUGUAGGAUAAAAAUCAGUGCGGAAUU